GCUUGCUUCCAGGUACUGCACUGUUCCGCUCUGUUGGUCGGUUCCUACCUCUUUGAUUUUGAGGGAAGAGUAUGAAGUUCUUGUGCAGUCGUUUAUUUGUCAUUCUUCGAACAGUAGCAGGGUUGUUUUUUGAGUCGUGAGGGCAUUUGGGAGGUGGUUUUGUUGCGAGGGUUUGACAAGGCUAAAGUUUCAGUAGGAGAUUGUUGCAUCGCCUUUCUUUGCGACUUGCGUUCGUAAUGCUCGGCGAAACUUAUAUUGUAAGACUGUAGAUAAAGCUUUUCAGGAAGGAUCAGAGGUGGGAGCGAGGGAGUUUCUGGGGCUGGAAUCUUUGGGCUAGCUUCUGGAUUUUUUUGCGCAAAAUUUUGAUCUACGGCGUUGUGAAGGUAGUUGACUUGGAGAUACGCAGAGAUGGCGGGGCGAGGGAUUAAAGGGCACAUUGCAGUCUGCUCUACAACACUUCUCUUGAUUCUUAAUCUAAUUGUUUUGGCUGGUGGCGUUGCCUCAGUUGUCAUUCUCUUUCUUAUCGAGCAUCAGCCCAGCCGGGCGGGAUGGCUUAUUGUCAUUGCGGGUGCUUUCACCGUUGCCUCGGGAUUAAUAGGUCUUUGUUCAAGUACUCGACGGGGUUGUUUCACACUUCAGCUUGUACUCCUGGCCUUUUCCGUGAUUGGACUGUUAGCGACAGCAUUUGCAAUCUUUUUCAGAGUUACACAAGUCCGCAAUGCAUUGGACAAGCCAUUCUACAAUCCUAGUACUACCAAGACUCUUCUCAGGGUGUUGGGUGCCGUUGCGUUCUGCACUGGCUGUGUUCAGGUUGCUGUCUUAACAUUAGGAAUAUGCGUGAAUUGCUGUGAUUUGAACGAUUACUACGAAGACAUUGAGAUGACCCGAUCAAUGAACGCCAAGGAGGCCAAAGAGGUCGAGAAACGAGCUGCCAGAAGAGAAGAAUCUAAGUCCGUUCAGUUGGCCGAGCAGAUGAGGGAGAAAUAUGGGAAGUGGACUGACAAGAGUGCUGCAAAGAAGUAAACUAGGAGUGUUGUAAGCUGCUGAUGUAUGAAAAUCUUUGCACGAAAUGCGUAGAAGUAGUUGUGUGAUCGUGGAUGGCGGGCAUCCAAAACGUCUAUCAUUAUCUUACACUCUGGCACAAUAGUACUGCCAUAGCCCUAAUUUGGUGACGUUUUUCAAUAGUGUUUGAUCAGGAGGGAUUUGUGAGACUUUUUGAAGAACAGGAACACCCGCUUCUGGUCUGUAUUACUUGUACAUAAAAGACAUGGGUUGUAAACUGGGUUCGGAAUAGCUUGGUUGAUGGUCUGGACUUUAGACUUGUGUAGGAAAUUGCUUAUUGUCUCGAAUUGCAGGUGCAGAUUUAAAUGUUUUGUGUACUUCAUUUGAAUUGCCAACAAGCAUUGGUAGUUUUGUUUAAGGAAAACAUUUACAAAGUACUGGAAAUUGAGACCAACAUUGCUGAUUA